AUGCAGGAAGCUCAGUACUCGGAGCUCCGGGCUCGCUCUCACUCCCAGCGGGGAGUCACCGAAACUGCAGGAGAAACGAAAACUCUCCAACAACAUUUUUAAUGUCAGAAAGUCAAGGCAUCNAUGCCGCUGUUCGCCAACGCCGACCCCAACUUCGUGACGUCCAUGCUGACCAAGCUGAAGUUCGAGGUUUUCCAGCCCGGCGACUACAUCAUCCGCGAGGGCACCAUCGGCAAGAAGAUGUAYUUCAUCCAGCACGGCGUGGUCAGCGUGCUCACCAAGGGCAACAAGGAGACCAAGCUGGCCGACGGCUCCUACUUCGGAGAGAUCUGCCUGCUGACCCGUGGCCGGCGCACGGCCAGUGUCCGAGCCGACACCUACUGCCGCCUCUACUCGCUCUCGGUGGACAACUUCAACAUCCAGAUACAAAUGGAUAUGGAUACAGAUAUUGGUACAGAUGCAGAUAUUGAUACAGAUAUAGAUAUGGAUAUWGAUACAGAUACUGAUACAGGUGCAGAUACAGGCAAGAAAAACUCCAUCCUGCUGCACAAAGUGCAGCACGACCUCAACUCGGGCGUGUUCAACUACCAGGAGAACGAGAUCAUCCAGCAGAUCGUGCAGCACGACCGGGAGAUGGCCCACUGCGCGCACAGCGCUCAGGCCGCGGCCGCCGCCGCCUCCACGCCCACGCCCGUCAUCUGGACGCCGCUGAUCCAGGCGCCGCUGCAGGCGGCCGCCGCCACCACCUCGGUGGCCAUCGCCCUGACGCACCACCCGCGCCUGCCCACGGCCAUCUUCCGCCCGCCCGUGUCCGUGCUGGGCUCGCUGGGCCAGCAGCCCGGCCAGACCCCGCGGCAGCUCAAGCGCUUCCAGUCGCUGGCGCCGUCGGCCGGGCCCUCGGCCGUGGGCUCGCCGUCCAGCACCCCGUCCCAGCUGCACACGCCGGGCGCCGAGACGCCCUCGUCCUCCUCCUUCCACAUCCAGCAGCUCGCGGGCUUCUCGGCCGCCGCCGGCCUGGGCCACUUCCAGGUGGGCUCGCCUCCGGGCGGCUCGGGCCAGCCGGGGCUGGGCAGCGGCUCCUCGGCGGGGCUGGGCCAGUUCCAGAACGCAGCCUCGGGGUCACCCUUGGGCGCAGCUCAGCCCCCGCAGCMGCAGCAGCAGCAGCMRCAGCAGCAGCAGCCGGUGCUCUCCAGCAGCGGAUUCGGGCACUUCCAGCAGGCCGCAAGCAGCUCGCCAUCGACAUCCCUCACCCAGCUCUCAUCAAACUCGCCCCCCAGCCUCCUGAACCAGUUCCAGCCCGCCCCGAGGCCGCUGCAGGGGGGACAGUCGCAGCAGCUCUCGGGCAGCGGGACGCUGGCGGCGAUGAACCACUUCCAGCCCCCUCGCUCCUCCAACUCGCCGUCGUCCAGCCUGAGCCAGCUGGCGCAGGCGGCGGGYGGGCCGGCCCCGGGCCCCUGCCCAACGCAUCCAAGUGCUUUAGGAUCUCUGACGGGAACCGUGGCCCAGCUGCACCACGAGCGGCCGCCCCCGUUCGCCUCGGCCGCCCCGUCCCCGCUGCAGCAGCCCGGCGGCGCCUCGCCGUGCUUGCCCCCGUCCGGCCUUAGCCCGCCCAGCCAGAGCCCGGUGGCCGGCAGGACUUGGCAGAGCGGCCCCUUGGCGGGGCCCGGCGGCUCGCAGGGCUCGCAGGGCUCGCUGCUGCUGCCGCAGCCCGCCAGCCCCCCCGGGCAGCCCCCGCCGCGGGCCACGGGGCCCCCGGGCCGCCUCAACCAGGACAUCAAGCUGAUCUCGGCGUCGCAGCCCUCGCUGCCGCAGGAGCUGGCGCAGCCGCUGGGCCGCCGCGGCUCCCCCCAUUCCUCCGGGGAGUCGGUGUCCGGCUUCUCCCCGUUCCCCGGCGGCGCUGGGCUCCUGGGCAAGCCCUGCAGCUCCAUCCCCGGCCGGGUGACUUUGCCACGCCAGAUGUCCUCAGGGUCUCUGCCGCCCCCGCUGGUGCUGGGGGCCGCCGCUCUGGCCGCGGGCGGGCGSAAGGAAUCCAUCGUGCUCACGGGGGACCUGGAGCCCGUGCGCUCCAAGCUGCCCUCCAACUUGUGAGGACUCCCGGGGAGCUGCCUCCUGUGCCAGCCCUGCCAUCAGCUCCUGAAGAGUUCACCCAGCAGUUCUUUCCUUCCCUUUUCCCCCGCGCCGCUCCCGCUUUUUCUUUUUUUUUUCUUUUCUCCAUUUCUUUUGUUUAGGUUUA